CGUCCCGGGCCAGCAGUGAAGGUGACGAGGCAGACACGCCGCCAAAGAUCAAACAGAGAAGGUCGCGGACCAACUUUAGCCUAGAGCAGCUCAACGAGCUGGAGAGACUCUUUGACGAGACUCACUACCCGGAUGCCUUCAUGAGGGAGGAGCUCAGUCAGAGGCUGGGCCUCUCUGAAGCCCGAGUCCAGGUAUGGUUCCAAAACAGACGAGCAAAGUGCAGAAAACAAGAGAGUCAGUUGCAGAAAGGUAAAUACUGUUUUGUUUUCCACACUUCAUUAAUUGUAUGGAUGGUACAGUUAUCUUUUUGUGUACUUGUUUA